GAGACCUGGCACAAUGGUGUCUGCAUUCACCUUAAUCCUUGUGUCAUUGUCCUAUAGCUUGGCAUUUCCGAAGCCCAAAGCUGAAGGGGACAUCAGUCUUCCAGAUCAGAAAUUUGCAGAGGACUAUCUGAACAAAUUCUAUCCAUCAAUAUUAAAAUCAGGAGUUAAGACAUUUGAAGAGAAAAUUAAGGAAAUGCAAAAAUUCUUCCGGAUAAAAAUAACAGGACAAUUAAACACAGAAACCAUGGAUAUGAUGAAGACCCCUAGAUGUGGAAUGCCUGAUGUGGCAGAUUACAAGUUCUUCCCUGGAACUCCAAAGUGGACCAAAACAUCCUUGACAUACAGAAUUCUGAACUACACACCUGAUCUUAGCAAAAUGGUGGUAAAUGAAGCAAUUCGAAUGGCAUUCAACGUUUGGAGUAAUGUAACUCCCCUGAAAUUCAGGAUGGUUACACGUGGUCAAGCCGAUAUUUUUAUAAGAUUCGCCAAGGGCAAUCAUGGCGAUUUCAAUCCAUUCGAUGGUCCCGGCAAUACACUGGCUCAUGCAUUUGCACCAGGCACUGGCAUAGGCGGUGAUGCUCACUUCGAUGAUGCUGAAAAAUGGACAAAUAGUAAUUUAGGAUUCAACUUGUUUCUUGUGGCUGCUCAUGAAUUUGGUCAUUCGUUGGGACUCUCUCACUCAGAUGACCGAAGAGCUUUGAUGUACCCUACAUAUAGAUAUGUAGACCCAAGAACGUUCCGCUUGUCUCAAGAUGACAUCAGAGGAAUACAAACACUCUAUGGCAAAAAAAUCAAAUAAGACUUUGGAUCAACACAAUAUAUUUUGUACGUUUUAGUAUGACUACUGAUUUCAUUGCAAAAAAAUUGGAUGCCAGAGCACAGCUAGCACCUGUUUAAUUUUCUGUCGCUGGAAGACACUUUAAACAC